UAAAAUCAUCAAUAAUGUACUGCAAAAAUGUUUAGAAGUACUCGUAAAAUAUCUCUAACGAUAUUGAAUUCUUCUAGAUCGAACAUCAACUACGUUAGCUUACGAAAUGUCGAUAUUGUGAGACAAUCGUCAAGUCUUAUAACGAGUUCUCCAGUGCGAUUAGCAUAUGUGAGAGUUGAAGGAAAGGACACAGAUCCAGACCCACCUUUAUUUAUUUGCCAUGGGUUAUUUGGAGCUAAAAAGAACUGGAGAAGUAUUGCUAAAGCAUUGAACCGGAAGACAUCCAGAGAGAUAGUUGCUAUUGAUGCAAGAAACCAUGGUAACAGCGACCACCACCCUGAAAUGAAUUACUUUGUCCAGGCUCUGGAUGCAAAACAUCUGAUUCAGAAAUUAGACAUUCCUAAGGUGAUAAUAAUUGGACACAGUAUGGGAGGCAAGGUUGCCAUGACGAUGGCCUUGUCGUUUCCUGAACUGGUUGAGAAAAUCAUUGUCGUCGAUAGUUCACCAGCUCCUUCUAUCUCAGAUGAGGAUAUACAGAGAUAUCUAAAGACAAAAAUGGAAAUGGGUCAGAGUAAGAUUAGGAGUAAAAGAGAUGCAGAAAAAAUGAUGAUGAAUACUGUUAAUAGUCGAAUUUUAAGACAGUUCUUCCUGACCAAUCUUAUACCAUCAGAGGAAGGUUACAAGUGGAGAAUAAAUUUGGAAGCUAUUGAUAAUAACUUGCAGUAUCUUAUGGAUUUUCCUUCAAAAUUUCCACACAAACAGUUUAAUGGAGAAGCCAUUUUUAUUGGUGGAGGAAGAUCAAGAUAUAUUCAAGAAAAGGAUUAUGAUAUAAUCUACAAGCUGUUUCCCAAAGCAGAAAUCACCUUCAUCCCUGACUGUGGACACUGGGUUCAUGCAGAAAAACCAAGAGAGUUGAUGGAAAUAAUUCAAGAUUUUCUAAUGCGGUAUCCAUGACAAUGAAUUGAUUGACAUUUUUAUAGAGAGG